AUGGCUGUUGACUGCAUGUCCAUGGCUUCGCGCCACCAUCCUCACCACCCUUUCAAUGAACAUACCUCAUUAGAUCGGCGCCCAAGUAUGAGCUCAGGCAUGAGCAGCAACAACCCAUAUGCUCGCUACAUUUCCCCUGCUCCAUCUGCCUAUUCCCGACGGUCGCGCUCGGAGUCAGUAAACUCUGCGCCGUCGAUCUGGUAUUCCGGCACACCCGAACAUUAUCCGGUUGAGCCGAGACGCAGCCAGGACCCAUCUGUGCCUCGACGCCGCCGCACUACUCACAACCCCCACAAGCCAUCGCGACACUCGCAGCUUGUGCAACCCGAUAUCAUCGAUCAACUGGACGAUGUGUCCUUGUUCUCUUAUCACCAUGAGGGUCCUUACGAUGCUGCCCGUCCCGAACGGAACCGUAUCAGCCAGUACAGCCCACUCGAAGCUGUCAAGGAGUCCAAUGCCGAGGCCCUCCGGGCGACUCCGCAUCACAAGAUUGCGGAUGCCCUGAACAGCCACCGGCCAUUGGACGGAAUUGCCUUUUACCCACCCGGAACUACGGACCGGAGUGGCCAGGAGUAUACUUACGAAGAAGGCUCCAACAUGAUGAAUGAUUUCUCCGGCAAUUUUAUGCGCCUGCCAGGAACGAAAUUCACGGACGAAGAUUUCAAAAAUGACCCAUUCUACAACCGUCCUCUGUCAAACCCGUUCUCCUCGAUUAAGAAGAGAAUCAGUCUGCGCUUGAAGAAGCGCCGCAGCACUGCCUAA